GUUCGACUCUCGACUCUCAGCUCACAGUUCGCAGUUAAAUAGUUAAUAGUCAAUAGCUCACGCCGCACAGCUAUCGAGAUAUAGUUAUUUGGAUUCACAAUCACAUUCACAUUCACAUUCAGAUUCAGAUACAGAUACGGAUACGGAUGCAAACGCCGCCGCCAUUUGCGAUUUUUGUUGUUUUUUCUUGUAUGAGCAAAAAGUGACAAAGCACGUAAAAAGAUUGAAACAAAAAAAUCAAGUGAAAAGCGAUGAGAAAAGCGUAAAUAAUAGUGAAAAAUCUAAGAAUAACAAGCAAAAAUUCGACAAGAAUUCUUGAGGUUUUUACAAAAACACCAAAGUGAACACAAAAGCCCCAGGACUCUCGAUCCUCUCAGGAAAUCUCCGCCCAGCUCAACUUUCAAAACUUUCAAAGCCAAAGCCUGACGAUCUUGAAAAACAUCUCUUAGCCAGCGAAGUCCAUCGAUGACGGUUGAUCCGCAACCAGAUAACUAGAUAACCAGAUAACAAAUUGGUAACCUGAACUAAGACUCAAUAGCAAGGAACAGAGAUCUCUGCAGCAUCAAUCAAGCAACUCAAUCUUAAGCACUUUCCACAGACAUUCUAUCAAUCAAUCGAUGUUAAGCAGUGCAAUUGCGUGCCAUUGAAUCCAUAACUCUUUUUUUUGGCCCAAUUGACACCAAAAACAAACAAAAACAAAAUACCACUAAUGUAACAAUUUUUUUGAAGCCCACAAAAAGGACGAGUAAAGCAAAAAAAUUAAAACGCAACGCACAACCAAGUUUCGAGAACAAAAAAAAACACCAAAAGUUUAAAUUCAAAUCGUAAAAGACAGUUGCAAAGGCCCGUGAAAAAAAUCCAAAAUAAGAAAUGCAAACGCGACUUUAAAACCAAAACCACUGACAAACGCUUUUUUUUCACACCGGUUCAGCAAAGGUCAGCGAAAGUUUCGACUCGGCAAAAAGAAAAGAAAAUUACCAAAAAUAUUAAAAAAGAAAACAACAACAACAAAAAAACCCUAAAUACAAAUUGUAAAUUCCGUCAAGGAUAUGAGUAAAUCAAGUAAUUGAGCGCGCUAAAUUCAAAAAGUCAUCAUUCCACACGUAACAUCCGAAACGAAGCAGAGUUAAAAGCAGGAGUUAAACGAAGACAAGCUUAAAAAUACAAAACAUAUAUAUUGAAAUAUUUCAAAAGCGAUCCGGAUCCGAUUCGCGACCAAAUCAAAUUGUAAAGUGUUCGACCAGCGAUUUUUUGCACAACUUCGGUUUCAGUCAGGCAUAUAGAGAUAGAGAUAUAGAUAUAGAUAUAGAUAUAUAUAUAUUUAUAUCUAGAGUGCAUAUAUCCGAUCGAUCGACUCACCAACAACGCCUAAGGUAAACCACCAAGAAACAACACACGCACACCAAAAACCAAAAAGCAAAAGCAAAAAAAGAGCUACCGAAAAUGGCAUCCGAACUGGAUCAAUUCGCCGACCUGGAACUCUCAAAGGAGGAUCGUGAACAGAUCUUCGAUCCGCCACUGGAUCGACAGCAGUUGGAAGGUGCUGGCACCUCAAGUGUUACGACAUCAAAAAUCUUAAUAAGCGGCAUACCGAUGCAAACACGUUUCGAAGACAUCGAACCGCUACUGAAGCCCUAUGGCAUCGUCAAACAGUGUGAGGCUAUUUCUAGUAAGGAUCAAAAUACUCAAACAGUACAUAUAACAUUCGAAAAUCCUGAGCAGGCGCAAAGAGCGGCUGUUGGUCUGAACGGUGUCGAGUUCGAGGGCAGCAAGCUGCAUGCCGAGCAGCUGGACAAGAAUCAGCGGCGUAGCCAGCGUAACCAGCGUAAUCCGUAUCCGGGAAUGCCCGGUCCCGGACGCCAGGCGGACUUUCCGCUGCGGAUCCUUGUGCAGAGCGAAAUGGUGGGCGCCAUCAUUGGCCGACAGGGCAGCACCAUCAGGACGAUCACACAACAGAGCCGUGCUCGCGUCGACGUCCAUCGCAAGGAGAAUGUUGGAUCGCUGGAGAAAUCGAUCACCAUCUAUGGCAAUCCGGAGAACUGCACCAAUGCCUGCAAGCGCAUUCUGGAAGUGAUGCAGCAGGAGGCCCUCUCCACGAAUAAGGGUGAACUCACCCCUGAUUGCAGUGAAAUUUGCCUCAAAAUACUCGCCCACAACAAUCUGAUUGGACGGAUCAUUGGCAAGUCGGGCAAUACCAUUAAACGGAUCAUGCAGGACACCGAUACGAAGAUCACUGUCAGCUCUAUUAACGACAUUAAUAGCUUCAACUUGGAGCGCAUUAUCACGGUCAAGGGAUUAAUUGAGAACAUGUCGCGUGCUGAGAACCAGAUUAGCACCAAACUGCGCCAGAGCUACGAGAACGAUCUGCAGGCAAUGGCACCGCAGAGCCUCAUGUUUCCCGGUCUCCAUCCGAUGGCAAUGAUGUCGACACCGGGCAACGGCAUGGUCUUCAAUACGAGCAUGCCGUUCCCCUCGUGUCAAAGCUUUGCCAUGUCCAAGACCCCGGCUAGCGUGGUGCCACCGGUCUUUCCCAAUGACCUGCAGGAGACCACCUAUCUCUAUAUACCGAAUAACGCUGUCGGCGCCAUUAUCGGCACCAAGGGCUCGCAUAUCCGGAGCAUUAUGCGCUUCUCGAACGCAUCCCUCAAAAUAGCUCCCCUCGACGCCGACAAGCCGCUGGACCAACAAACGGAGCGCAAGGUGACGAUUGUUGGCACACCGGAGGGUCAGUGGAAGGCGCAGUACAUGAUCUUCGAGAAGAUGCGCGAAGAGGGAUUUAUGUGUGGCACGGACGAUGUGCGCCUCACGGUUGAGUUGCUUGUGGCCAGCUCUCAGGUGGGCCGUAUCAUUGGCAAGGGUGGCCAAAAUGUGCGUGAAUUGCAGCGCGUGACGGGCAGUGUGAUCAAGUUGCCGGAACAUGCCCUUGCACCGCCGUCCGGCGGAGAUGAGGAGACACCAGUGCACAUCAUCGGACCAUUCUACAGCGUACAGUCUGCCCAGCGACGCAUUCGAGCCAUGAUGCUUUCGACAAAUCCGCCGCCAAUAACCAAAAAACAGAAAGCUGCCAAAGAACAAUUGCAACAACAGCAACAGAGCCUAGCCGGAGCCGCGAGCAGCGGGUCCCAGCAGCAGCAGCCACAGUCGCCAUCCCAACAACAGGCACUGCCGCCGCAAUUGCAUCAUCAGUCUGUGUCGUCGGCGUCGUCAUCGUCGACGCCGCCUGCACACCAUCAGCAGCAGGCGUCGACGGCAGCGACCACACACCAGCUGCAGCAGCAGCCAUCACCGCCGCCACCUGGCAAUGCAACUGCGGCCGCAGCUCAGCAGCAGCAGCAGCUUGCGAGCUCACAGCAGUAAGGAGGAAUCACCGUCAAAGGAGAGCCGGCGCCGCAGCAGCAGCAGCAAAAGCAACAGUAGCAACAGCAACAGCAACAGCAACGGUAGCAGCAAAAUCAACAGCAACCAGCAACAGCAGCAGCAGCGACAGCGCCAACAAUAGCCAAGGCAGGGUUUUCUACUGUUGAUACUACCUCCACAGCACACCCAUAAGUUUCAAUACCCCAAGACCCAAAACCACCCACAAUUUAACAAUUUACAACCCUAUAGCUACAAGCUAACCGUAGGCGCCACCUUUGUGCUGGCACAGGCGACGGCAAAAGUAAGCAAACAACCUGGAGCAGUAACAUAAAUAAAAUUGUACACAUAUAUAAAUAUAGGGGAACCACCACAUCAAAAAGUGAGCUGCGUGAAGAAGCUCUACUAGUUCAUAGCAGUGUAUUUCAAUUUCAACUUUAACAAGAAGAACAUCAACAGCAGUCACACAGCAAGAAUUACCAUAACAUCCUUCAUUUGCAUACUAAGAAAUAAAGAGAAAAUGUUAAAUAGAAA